GAUAUGAGGGCACUACCUUUGACAAUAACCAUGGUUUAAGAAUGAUUCUUAACCACCACCUAUUGAACCUCCUCGAUAUCAAAUCAAUAUUUUCAAUAUGAAUUAAAAUGACUAUUGUUACUAUAUUUUUAUAAACAUGCUGGAUGGACCCAGGUGCUGUGUGCUGGCGUCGCGGCCAUAACCUGCUUAGAGAGUAUGGGCUCGCCUUCAACAAUCAGCUCCACACAUCUACGGUAGAGCGAAGACGCCACACCGAGGCUUUGAUCGAAGUGUGUCCCUCAAUUAUUGAGCUGCAGUUUUCGGAUGCUGCCCAGCUGGCAUUGCCCACUUACCCCGACCUCCCCGAGGGGGAGCAAGUCUCGGGUGAAGAAUUCGACUUGGUUGGUACGGUGCAGCGCUCUAUCCUGGCGAACCAGUUACUGGACCAGCACCGUCUCGAAGCUUGCGACGAACAAAGAGGACACCUCCUCAUUGCCUAGGGGUCGACCGCGCUCUGCCGGCGGAAAAAAGACAGAUGGCACCACGCUGCAACUCUAGUAUGUUUUCUGUCUCAACAACGCUUGUCUUGUUUGACUUACACCUUUGCUAAGUCAGAAGCUCGAUGAUGCCACAUGGGGUCCUGAUCAGCAAUUU